GAAGGAAAAUUUUAUUGAGGAUGCUGAAGGGGUUGUGAUUCAACAUGCUGUUUACACGAGUGGACUGAAAUACACAGAAAGCAUUUCUUGGGGGAAGAGGAUGUGGAGAUUCUGCAGGUGGUGUGAGCAGACUGCAGAAGUUCAGUACAAGCAAUUCCAGUGUUGAUCCUGACAGGAUUUGAUGCUGGGAAAGAAACCUCAUCUGUAUGCCAAAAUGUCUGGGAAAGACUUUAGUUUUGCUUCCACCUGUUUUUGAGCAUACCAUGGAAUAUAUUGAUGACACAUUGAGAUUUUGAAAGAUCAUGAUUAGUACAUUCAUUGAGGUGUGACUCCAGUUCUCUACAGAAAGUGAACCUGGUUCAGCUUGGUUUGCCUCCUGUAUCACAGGUGUGUUCCUACAGCAGAGUUUUCACUCCUUUAUACUGUGUGAAGUCUUCUGUGCUUAGAAGAGAUGUAUAUAUCAGUAUGGAAGUAAAUGAGGAAAUAUCACAGGUUCUGUAUUCUUCAUAAACGGAAUAAAUUAGACUUCCUUCUGUGCAAAAUACCUUAUUGGAGAUGCCAUUGGGCAUACUCAAUCACCUGUACAUUUCCUCUGAAAAAUAAUAGAGAACAAGUAGAAUUGGCUGCCUCUAAUUCUGCUCAGACUGUUUAAAUAUGAGUCAUUCAAACCAGGCACUUUGUUUCAGAUAAAAAAACCUUUUGAUGUAGAUUUGUCUUACUUUCUGUUAAAUUGUAGAAAGGAAUUCUUAGAAGGAGAAUUUUUAGUAGUUUGCAAGGACUAUUCUUUCUUAAUGUUUUAAUGUCUUCUUAAAUGUGUUAAAUACAUGAAACCAAUAUGAUACACAAUUAAAAUGGUACAUGCUAUUACUGUGAAUAUAUCUUCAAACUUAGACUUUUGAAAACCUUUUUUACUUUUUUUAAUUGAAGGUUUUACAGGGAGUUGAGUUAGUGUAAAGGAAUUGCAAGAGCUGUUGUUAAACAAGGAUUUAGCUGGUGCUGAAAGACGUUGCACAUUUUCAAUGUUCAGGAUAAAAACUGAAAUCUGCAAGUAGUUCUGGCUACAGCAAUUUCUAACGCUUCUUGUGGUCAGAGAUAAAGCCUUUAAUUUAAAUUAUGUAUCAUCAGUUUAAGAUAAAAACCAAAUCAAAACAUCUAAAGAACCAGUUCAUACAGUUUUAUACCAUAAUAUGAGUAUUUUAAAACUUGUAUUGGCUUCAUGAUGUCACACAGGACGGAAUGUUGUGAAUAAAUUCUUCCUUUAGUCUGGCCAACACAAAUGUACUUUUAACAGUUGGUAGAUGUGCAGCAUGUUAAAUUAAGGCAUGUUAGCAUGGGCUGUCUUCCAAAGUGGUUAGCCUGGGAUUUGAACACUGUUCCAAACAUUUCUUCAGCAUAUUCAGAUGAAGCACUUAGAAUGAUGUAAUUGUCUGUCACACAAAUGCUGCUCUUCUGAACUUCAUAUUCUCCCAUUUCUUUGUGCCACAGGGCAGUGGCAUGCACCAACAGAAUUAGUUUCAUAGAUUUGCUAGAAGAACUUUCAAUUUCUUUGUUUUUCAUCAAAAUUCCCAGUGUUUCUCUUGAGAAACUUUUUAUUAGAAAGAAUAAUAGUGUUAAUGGACUUCAUUAGUAGCGACCUCUGACGAUAAAGAAACACUUUUUUGCUGUGAGAGUGAGUGAGCACUGGCAUAGAUUGCCCAGAGACUAUGGAAUAUCCAUUUCUGGGAAUACCCAAAAUUCAUCUGUUGGUGGUCCUGAGCCUGCUCUUGGCUAACUCUGCCUGAGCAGGGAGCUGGACAUGGUACCUCCAGAAAUCUCUUUUGAUCUUAAUCAUUAUGGAAAUUGAAAUUUUGUAACUGCCUGGUAAAAUCUUUAAUGCUCUUACCAAUCCUACUGUGAUAGACAGUCAUAAAAUGAUAUUGCAGCCAAACCUGAUGAGCACUCGGAGCUCUGCUGACCACGUCAGGCAUUUGGCUCUGUGCCAUGUGUUCCAGUGGUUGUGUCAGCCCAUGCACACUGGACAUAGUGUGAUACCACUCUGAUUGUGAAUCCUAAGGGUUAUUUUAUCUAGAGCAGAACAUGCUAUUGCUUUAAAACUCUCAAAGACGUUAUUUCAGAGCAAAAGUGUUAAAAAUGCAAAUUUGUGUCUUCUUCCUCUGCUGUAUGACAGUUUCAUGCUUAACCAACGUUUAUCUGCAUAGGAGUGACAUAGCUGUGAGCAUCUCUCUGGUAUCUGUUUGAAGAGGACACUGUUGGGGGGCCCAGGUAUUUCUUUUAUAUUUUAUAGUUAUAGAGGUGUCCGGACUCUGUAAUGGUCAAAGAUUUCCAGUAGAAGAGGAUGAGACAAGAAUUAAAUGCAUGUGGGACACUCUGGACCUAGGCACCUCAUGCUUUCGAUGCUAGCUGGGAGGGAGCUUGAUAAACACUUUUGCCACCUUUUCAUAGAAAAAACAGACUUCUGCAUCUGUACUUCCAAACAGAAUUUAUAAAGAGGGAAAAUCCUGAAUAUGGCUUGAUUUGCUCUUGGUCUUGGCAGCGUUUCUGAUGAGUGUCCCACGGACUCUGUCAAGUUCUGGGGGUUCUCCUCUAGCACUGAGGAGCAGAGCCCUGAGCAGCAGCCUGGGAUCAGUAGAAGCGUUUCUCCAUCAUUCUCCUUAAAAGAGCAGCUCAAGAUGAGUGAUUAUUCUGGACUUCCAAGUGACCACAGCCAGAUGAUUGCUGAAGAUUCAGAAAUUCAAGCAAAGCCUGAACACUCUCAUGAAGUUCUUCAGGAAGAUAUUGAAAUGAGCAGUGGCUCCAGUGGAAAUGAUUCCAGUGGAAAUGACUCCAGUGGGAAUGACACAAAUGAAAACUAUUCAAGUGGGCAUGAUUCUCAUGGUCAUGAAUCUGAUGAAAAUGGGAAGGAUUCAGCAAUGCUUAUGGAAUCUUCAGACUGUCAUAAAAGUUCAAGUUCAAAUGCAUUUAGUCUGAUGAUUGCAAACUCUGAACACAAUCAGUCCAGCAGUGGAUGCAGUAGUGAGCAGUCCACUAAAGCCAAAACACAAAAGGAAUUGCUGAAAACACUGCAGGAGCUGAAAGCUCACCUUCCUUCUGAGAAGAGAGUCAAAGGCAAAUCCAGUGUCCUAACGACAUUGAAAUAUGCCCUUAAGAGCAUUAAACAAGUUAAAGCCAAUGAGGAAUACUACCAGUUGUUGAUGAUUAAUGAAUCCCAGCCUGCUGGUCUCAAUGUAUCAUCUUACACAGUGGAAGAAGUGGAGACUAUAACCUCAGAAUACAUUGUGAAAAAUGCGGAUAUGUUUGCUGUAGCUGUGUCUUUGAUAACUGGGAAAAUUCUGUACAUCUCUGAUCAAGCUUCUUCUAUUCUCCGCUGCAAGAGGGGUUAUUUUAAAAAUGCCAAAUUUGUGGAGUUCUUGGCACCUCAGGAUGUCAGUGUGUUCUAUACUUCCACCACCCCAUACAGAUUACCAUCAUGGAACAUUUGCAAUAGAGCUGAGUCUUCCACCCAGGAUUGCAUGGAAGAGAAAUCUUUUUUUUGUCGCAUCAGUGCGGGAAAGGAGCGUGAAAAUGAGAUUUGCUAUCACCCAUUCCGGAUGACUCCUUACCUUAUCAAAGUGCAAGAUCCAGAAAUAGCAGAAGACCAGCUUUGCUGUGUGUUGCUUGCAGAAAAAGUCCAUUCUGGCUAUGAAGCACCCAGAAUUCCUCCUGACAAAAGGAUUUUUACAACUACGCACACACCGACCUGUCUGUUCCAGGAUGUAGAUGAAAGAGCAGUCCCUCUGCUGGGAUACCUACCUCAGGAUUUAAUAGGAACACCAGUCUUGGUGCAUCUUCACCCAAAUGACAGACCCUUAAUGCUGGCAAUUCACAAAAAAAUUCUUCAGUAUGGAGGGCAGCCUUUUGACUACUCACCAAUCAGGUUUUGCACUAGGAAUGGAGAUUAUAUCACCAUGGACACCAGCUGGUCCAGUUUCAUCAACCCCUGGAGUCGCAAAGUUUCGUUUAUUAUUGGAAGACACAAAGUUAGGACGGGUCCCUUAAAUGAAGAUGUCUUUGCUGCUCCCAACUACACAGAGGACAGAAUCCUUCACCCCAGUGUUCAGGAGAUCACUGAGCAGAUCUAUCGGCUCUUACUGCAGCCUGUACACAACAGUGGAUCCAGUGGCUAUGGAAGUCUGGGUAGCAAUGGUUCACAUGAGCACUUGAUGAGUGUGGCAUCCUCCAGUGACAGCACAGGAAAUAAUAAUGAAGACACUCAUAAGGAUAAACCAGCGGUUUGUCAGUACGCCCGUAAGGUCAAGAAUAAAGGACAGCGUAUUUUCACUGACAGUAAAGCAAAACUGGACUAUAAGAAAGAGUCUUUUGCAGAAAAACAGAAUACUGCUGGUCAGGUGAAAGGUGUAGGGGGAAAGGAUACUGCAGCAACAGCGGCUCCAAAAAAUGUGACUACUGAAGAGUUGGCAUGGAAAGAACAGCCUGUGUACUCCUAUCAGCAGAUCAGCUGUUUGGACAGUGUCAUCAGGUACUUGGAGAGUUGUAACGUGCCUGGUACAGCAAAAAGAAAAUGUGAACCUUCAACAAGUGUUGCAUCACUGAGUUCUGGAGUUCAUGAACAAAAAGCAGCUGAUAAUUCUAUCCAGCCUUUGGGAGAUCCUGCUGUGUUGAAGGCAUCUGGUAAAUCAAGUGGUCCCCCAGUGGUUGGUGCUCACUUAACAUCUUUAGCUUUACCUGGCAAGCCAGAAAGUGUUGUGUCUCUCACCAGCCAGUGCAGCUACAGCAGCACCAUUGUUCAUGUUGGAGACAAAAAAACACAACCUGAAUUAGAAAUGAUAGAAGAUGGUCCAAGUGGAGCAGAAAUCAUAGAUGGCCAACUUCUCGCCCCUCCAUCCAGCUCUGCACACAUCAAUCAAGAGAAGGAGCCAUUUAAAAAAUUGGGUCUUACGAAGGAGGUCCUUGCAGUGCAUACACAAAAAGAGGAGCAGAGCUUCCUGAAUAAGUUCAAAGAAAUCAAGAGAUUUAAUAUCUUUCAAUCACACUGCAAUUACUAUUUACAAGAUAAACCAAAAGGACGACCUGCUGAACGUGGUGGUCGUGGACAAAGAAAUGGCACUUCUGGAAUGGAUCAGCCUUGGAAGAAAAGUGGAAAGAACAGGAAAUCGAAGCGCAUUAAACCACAGGAAUCUUCAGACAGCACAACUUCUGGAGCUAAAUUCCCCCACCGGUUCCCCCUGCAAGGUUUAAAUGCCACAGCCUGGUCACCAUCAGAGACUUCCCAAGCCAGCUACUCAGCAGUGUCCUUCCCCACUGUCAUGCCUGCAUAUUCCCUUCCUGUUUUUCCAGCAGCAGGGACCGUGCCGCCGGCUCCUGAAACUUCCCUCUCUGGUUUUAAUCACUUGCCAGACUCUGGAAACAGCUGCCCCAUGCAGCCAUCCCAGUUCCCUGCACCCUUCAUGACCCCUGUGGUGGCUCUUGUGCUCCCCAACUACAUGUACCCAGAGAUGAACAAUAACUUACCUCAAACGCUGUACCCCAGCCAGCCCAGCUUCCCUGCCCAUGCUGCCUUCUCCUCACAGACGGUGUUCCCACCACAGCCCCCCUUUGGCACAGGCAGCCCCUUCCCACAGCAGCCCUUUUUCCCAGCCCAGCCAUUCCAGUACAACCCCCCAGCAGAGCCUGAAAAGGCUCCUGGGGCAGAGCCACGCAACGACCCCUCCCGUUCCUGCACUCCUCAGUCGCUGGGUCCUCAGGACCAGGCUUCACCACCUCUGUUCCAGUCGAGGUGCAGCUCUCCUCUGAAUCUCCUACAGCUGGAGGAAACCACCAAAACUGCAGAGAGCGGAGCUCCUGCGGGUUUACACGGAGCUCUGGCUGAGGAAGGAGCCAUAGGCAACAUCAGGACAGUGGAUAAUGGCAGUGGGAAGGAAUCCCUACCUGCUGAAUCUCCAAUGGAUGCUCAAAACAGCGAUGAGCUCUCCAUGUCCAGUGUCCUGCUUGACAUUUUACUGCAAGAGGACGCGUGUUCAGGCACUGGCUCAGCCUCCUCAGGGAGUGGUGUGUCUGCAGCUGCUGAGUCCCUGGGCUCUGGCUCCAAUGGCUGUGGAAUGUCAGGGAGCAGAACAGGUAGCAGUGAAACUAGUCACACCAGCAAAUACUUUGGGAGCAUUGAUUCCUCAGAGAAUCACCAUAAAACCAAAAUGAAGACAGAAAUGGAAGAAAGUGAACACUUCAUCAAAUAUGUGCUCCAGGAUCCCAUCUGGCUGCUGAUGGCUAACACAGAUGACACAGUGAUGAUGACUUACCAGCUCCCCUCACGGGAUUUGGAAACAGUUUUAAAAGAAGAUAAGCAGAAAUUAAAGCAAAUGCAGAAACUACAGCCAAAAUUUACAGAAGAACAAAAAAGAGAGCUUAUUGAAGUUCAUCCAUGGAUCCAGCAAGGUGGCCUGCCAAAAACUGUUGCUAAUUCUGAAUGUAUUUUUUGUGAGGACAAUAUACAGAGCAAUUUUUAUACUUCAUACGAUGAAGAAAUCCAUGAAAUGGACCUUAAUGAAAUGAUUGAAGAUAGUGGAGAAAACAAUUUGGUUUCUCUGAAUCAAGUCAGUGAAGAACAAACAUAGCCUUUGAGCCUGUUGUUUUGAAAAUUGCUUCAAAACGACAGUGAAGGAUCCAUAAAGGUUUUAAUCUUUUAUCCAGCAGGAUGAAUGCAGUUCAUAAAAGUACAUGUGUUUUUCUUGCUCUAGAAGAGUCAUUUGUGAAUGAAUCUCUUUUUAAAUGGUGGCAAUCUCUUCCCAGUAAGGACAUUGUUGAAGAUGGUAUAACUUUUCUUUAAAAGACUCAUUUUGCACUUACAUGCCUCAAGUAUUUCUUUAUGAACUCUAGAAACUUUCAUUGAUGCCUACUGUUUUUUGUAGAAUGGGUUAAGAAGUGCUGGAAAUCUCCUCACAUACAUAAGGUUCUUCAAUCUCCUGGUGACGAUUCAGCUUUAUAAAUUGUUGAGCAAUUUUGCUUAGUGGCUCUUUAGCAUUGUUCUUAAUACAUGAAGUGGUCCAGCAUAGUAGAAGAAAUAACCUUCAAGGAAAUCAAUUGACACUUGCCCUUCUCAUACCAGUUGAUCCCAUCCUCUUUGUUUGUCUCCUCUAGUUCUGAAUGUAGGAACUUUUUCUGUCUAAGAAAUGUUGAGCUGAUUUUGUGAGAUGGUCUGGGGUUAGAGUUCAUGUUGAUGUGUAAGUAUAGAGGAGUGCUGACAACUUUGUAGCCUUUUAUCUAAAUGGACACUGCAAAACCAUGAACUGUUGAAUACCUUGAAGCAUAAUUUCUGAGAAUUUACACUCAAGAAAUCCUUAUGCUUAAAGUUUUAAAAAAUUUAAGACCACAGAGGAUGUCUGGCCAUGCCCCAGUUAGACAAAGCUUGGGGUAACUUUAACCUUUUAUUCUGACUGGUCCUGUCAGGAGGUUGGCCAUCAGUUUUUCCAAUGUGGCUAAACAAACAUCAAAUUUUUAUGUGGCAAGGGAGGAUUAGAUGUGUCUUGUCAUUUGAAGAUAGUUCUUAUAAAAAAGAAGUGAUUCUGAGAAUAGUGUUUACUCACUCUAUUCGAUUUACAUAAUCUCAAAUUUAGUGUGGCUGGAAUCCUUUGCUGUCAAAGAUUUCAUUUUAAUGCCUCUGAUUGUAUUGACUUGAAUAUGUGUACUUUAUGUUCUUGUGCUGUUUAUGUCUGUUGGAUGUGGGAAGAGAACCUGAGAGAACAACUUUUAAUAUGUUGGUUAGUUAAAGGACAUUUAGUUGCUGUAUUGCUAGAUGUCAGCUGUAAGUCCUGGGGUGAAAAAUGAUGAAAGUUAAUUGAAUUAACUUCGAUAUGUUUGUCUUAAAUAUUUUUCUUGGGAAGCAUUUCCUUUUUUAUUAGGGUAACAUUUCUAUUCACUGAAAAUUAAGGUUAUUUUAAUUCUAUACAAAUACUUCUAUUUGUAUACAGAGAGGAUGUGAAUUUACAUUGACACCAAAAACACACAAAAGUGACUGGUAUUUGCUUAGUGGAAGAAAUAAUUUGUUUCAAGUAAUUCGUUAUUAGUUGGAAAAUUUGCACUGGAGACAGGUUCUGCAGGUAGUAAAGUGUGUCAGCUUGUGAAACAAGCAGAAUCACGAUUUUAAAAAACAAAUAUCUUAAAUGUAGUGUGAAACACUACCCAGCAAGAUCUGAUGCCUGUCUUUAACAGUUCAGCAAGGUCAAACGUAAAUAUUUGUAAAUACAAAGUGAAUGAGAAAUUUUCCGGUGUUGGUGUUCACGUCCAAUGUGUUAAAUGUUUUAAUCAUAAAUGGAACAGUGCAGCUAUACCAACAUAUGAAAUAUAUUUCAUUUUUACAUGGAAACACAAACAUGGACCAGGGUUUGGGAAAAAUAAAAGCUUUAUAUAAAAGGAGUGCAUCAUAAUUAUACAAAUAAUUUUCAAAGACUUCUCAACCACUUUGAACUUCUCUUUGCUUUAGCAUGCUUUUUUUUCACCCCCCCCAUGUCUUUUUUUAUUUGUCCUCAUUUCUUUUAUUAUUUUUUUUCAAUGACCAUCUUGUAACCAUAACUUAGUGAAAGGAAGAGAAAAGUAUAUUUAGAGCAUUUUGUGGAUGUGCUUACUUAUGGACUUAAUCUUGCAUCCUUAAAGUGUUUGCAUUUACAGGGUGGUAUUAAAAUAUUUUCCUGUAACUUUAAAUCUACAUGCCUCCAUUUAUAGAUAAGAUUCUGAAGCUGUAAUUUUUCCAAACUGUUGUAAGAUGAUUUAUUUGUGAUGACACUUUGUCAAUAUGUCAACAAUGUUUUCUGUACACUGUGCAAUAUAUUUUGGUUUUGCCACUUGUGACUAAUUUUUAUGACUUUGCUUUUUAGAAAACUGGUAAAUAAAACAGAUAUAUUUUUA